AUGGCCAAUUCAUACCAAGCCCUCUACCCAGGCAACAUGGUCGUCUCGCCAGAAAUCGUCCAGUUCUUUGAGGACUUUUACCGCAUAUCAGACCUCCCAGGAGAACACGAUCAAUACGUCGACCAAUUCACACAGGAUGCAAUAUUUAUCCUCGCUUCCAAAAAGUCCCACGGGAAACAAGAUAUCAUGACUACAAGAAUCGGCAUGUGGUCCGCAGUAGCGUCUCGCAAACACACUGUCCACAAGGUGUUUUCUUUUUCUAACGAAUCUCAUGAAUUCAUGCUGUACGGAUCUGUAGCCCUUGGAUUGCGCAACGGCGCCCACGCGGAUGUUGAUUGGGCCGCCAGGGCAGACAUUAUCAAGUCCGCGGAUGGCCAGUCUUGUUGGUACUAA